AAGUCCUUUUCAUGGCCAUCAGAUCUUCAGAGACACCAGAGAACACACACGGGCGAGAAGCCGUUCCUGUGCUCUGUGUGCGGGAAGACAUUUGCACAAUCGUCAACUCUUCAAACUCAUCAGAGAACGCACACGGGCGAGAAGCCAUUCCUGUGCCCUGUGUGUGGGAAGGCAUUUGCACAAUCAUCAACUCUUCAAAACCAUCAGAGAACACACACGGGCGAGAAGCCAUUCCUGUGCCCUGUGUGUGGGAAGGCAUUUUCACAGUCGUCAAAUCUUAGCACGCAUCAGAAGCCCCGCGCACACGGAGGAAAGAAGCCAUUCAAUUGCUCUGUGUGUGGGAAGACAUUUUCAUGGCCAUCACAUCUUCAGAGACACCAGAGAACACACACGGGCGAGAAGCCGUUCAUGUGCCCUGUGUGUGGGAAGACAUUUGCACAUUCAUCACAUCUUCAGAGUCACCAGAGAACACACACGGGCGAGAAGCCGUUCAUGUGCCCUGUGUGUGGGAAGACAUUUGCACAUUCAUCACAUCUUCAGAGACACCAGAGAACACACACGGGCGAGAAGCCGUUCAUGUGCCCUGUGUGUGGGAAGACAUUUGCACAGUCAUCACAUCUUCAGAAUCACCAGAGAACACACACCGGCGAGAAGCCAUUCCUGUGCCCUGUGUGUGGAAAGGCAUUUGCACACUCGUCAACUUGUCAAGACCAUCAGAGAACACAUACGGGCAAGAAGCCAUUCCUGUGCUCUGUGUGUAGGAAGACAUUUGCAAAGUCAUCACAUCUUCAAAGUCACCAGAGAACACACACGGGUGAGAAGCCAUUCUUGUGCUCUGUGUGUGGGAAGGAAGGUAAGCAAGAAGAAGACGACCCUGACUUUGUCAUUGCUCGAGCCGCAGGGCGGGAGGAUCCACAACUCACACUGGGCUUUCAAGAGUUGCGUCGCCUAAAGCGCAACGAGAAGGAUCGCUUGCGACCCGGUCAGACAAUGAAGCCCAAGUUUGCGCAGAUUUACGUGUACGAUCCAGAUGUGGAAGCACGAGUGGCUCGCCGACAGGGGAUUUUUUGUGGCCUCAACAGAGUCGCGCUGUUGGACUUGGAGCACAUGAUGGAGACGUGCAACCCGUUUGUGCGCGAGUUCCUUACGAUGGGUCAGCGGAUGAGAAGCAUGAUCGAAGCCGGCGACAACCCCGUCAACGUCGUGUUUCGCCUGCGUGCCAACAACUAUGCGGGACCUCGCACGCACAAUCUCCCCACGGCCACGGAGGUUGCUGCUGUGUUGGUUGAUGACGAUGCCGUGAAGAACAGUGAUCUGUACAACACAGUUUUGACCAGCAUGAUGCACCAUGACGCACGGGCCGUGUGGAGCCCUAAACCCCAGCUCUCCGUGUAUGAAGGACGGCGAGUGCACCAAGGGUUUCCCGAAGGCACUAAAUACGAUUGCCACAUCAACGUCGAGGUGUGCUCGAGCAUCACGGCGAUCAAGUACUUGUACAAGUACGUCUACAAAGGCGAUGAUAUGACGGAAAUCAGUGCGCGGGCAUUUGGAGAUGACAGUCACCAGAGAACACACACGGGCGAGAAGCUAUUCCUGUGUUCUGUGUGUGGAAAGACAUUUGCACACUCGUCAACUCUUCAAACCCAUCAGAGAACACACACGGGCGAGAAGCCAUUCCUGUGCUCUGUGUGUGGGAUAGCAUUUGCACGGUCAUCAACUCUUCAAGAUCAUAAGAAAAAACACACAGGUGAGAAGCCAUUCCUGUGCCCUUUGUGUGGGAAGACAUUUGCUAAGUCAUCACAUCUUCAGAGUCACCAGAGAACACACACGGGCGAGAAGCUAUUCCUGUGUUCUGUGUGUGGAAAGACAUUUGCACACUCGUCAACUCUUCAAAACCAUCAGAAAACACACACGGGUGAGAAGACGUUCUUGUGCCCUGUGUGUGGGAAGACAUUUGCACACUCAUCAACUCUUCAAACUCACCAGAAAACACACACCGGUGAGAAGCCGUUCUUGUGCCCUGUGUGUGGGAAGACAUUUGCACAAUCAUCAAAUCUUCAAGCUCAUGAGAAAACACACACGGGC